GACCGAUGCCAGCCUGGCACAGAAGCUCCGGGACAGCCGCUGUCGCUUCCAGAGGCACAUGCAGCAGCUUAUAGAGAAGUACAACCAGCCCUUCGAGGACGCGCCUCUGGUGGAGAUGACCACGCUGACCUAUGAAACGCCCGAGGGGCGGAGGCUGUGGGGCGGAGCGCUGGUCCAGCACAGACUCGGAGGACAUGCUCAGGGAUCCCCUGAAACGUCAGGGAGCUGGGUGGACGACCCCAAGAGAGCUACAGACGAAGACUCCAGGAGCCCUGAUGUGACGGCAGUUUUAGACCACAGUGAGGCGCUGGCCAUGUCCCUGAUGCCUGCAGUGCCCCCGAGCCCUCUGAAAAACGACCUGCGGAGGAAAUACCUGACCCAGGUGGACGUGCUGCUGCAGGGGGACUGGGGCUCCGAGCAUGCAGACGGCAGAGGCAGAGGGGACACCCAGGUGCCCCUGCUCCAGUCAUUAGCCAGUCCUGCCCAUGGAGGAUUUGGCGACAUCUCCCCAAAGAGCCCCAGUGGCCCCGUGUUGCCGGCAUUGUCUCUCAGACCAUGUAACCCCUCAACCGACUUGGCGGUGGUGCCGAGGGGUGACAGUCCUGUGUCACCAGGAGCCGGCAGCCCGUCCUUUGAGGAGGCCGGUGACGUGACCAUCAGCGACUUGUACGAGGGCAUGCUGCACUCCAUGACCCGCCUGCUGCGCGCCAAGCCGUCCUGCACCAUCGCCACCAGGACCUUCGUCGUCCAGAACUGGAGCGGUCGGCGGAGGCCCAGGCAGAAGGGCAGAAUGAGUCGAGCCUGCUGCAGAAGGGACAGCCACGCGCACCGGGGUCCUGGAGAGCGGCGCCCCAACCGGGCCCAGCCUGCCAGAGAGGCCGGGGCAACACAAGAACCAGAGGACCUGCUGGCGCUCCCUGGCCACUGGGAAGGGUUCCAGUCGAAGAAAGCUCCCCUCAAAGUCCACGAGCCCCAAGCCCGUCAUUUGGUUCCAAGCUGGAAGGAGCCUCAAGCGGCUCCCUGGAAAUAUGCUUCCUUAGGGUCCAGUGCCAUGUCCAGUCCUGAUCGGGAGAACAGGCUCUUGGCGCUCACGUGGUUGAUCUCUCCCGUGAAAAACAUGUCGCGAGCCAGAGCGAUGCAGAGCCUGCGGUUGGCUCACCGUCGAGAGGUUGAAGCCAGGUUUGACAUGCUGCAUCAGAAGUACUGCCCGCACGCCACCAGCCAGCCCUGUGCCUCGGCCUCCGGGGCCCUGGCUGUGUACAGAGGCGGCCCUGCGAGCCCUGGCCGCCUCCCAGGCUCCGAAACCCCCUGGCCGAGAGUUCUUGUCCUACAAAGACAACAGGAGGUUUGGGGAAAGCCAGCCAAGAGCUCUCUCGAAGCCGAGCCGUCACAGCGCCACGUGUGCAGCCACUAA